AUGUCUUCAGGUGUUUAUCAACCAUAUUUAUUUGUAAAAAAAGAAGAAAAACCAUUAUUAGAUGAAAGUUUAACAACAGAUGCUGAUCGACGCAUAUUUUCAAUAAUUGAUCAUAUAAUGGGUUCACAAAGAAAAUGGUCGGGUAUUAAUAAUCGAUUAAUUCCAAGUGAUGGAUCAGGAAGAAUACCAGGAAUGGGUUCAGCUGGAAUGGCACCAGAAGAAUUACGUGUGAGAAAAUUUAUGGAAAGUUGUACAUUUAAAGCAAUGAUUAGUUGUGCAGGAGGUUUUGUAUUGGGUAUUGGUCUUGGUGUAUUUACAGCAAGUAUUGAUCCAAUGUCAACAAUUCAAACAACAACACCAGGUGCAACACCAACAUUAAAAGAUGUUUGGCGUGAAAUGCGAACUAGAUCAAUGAGUUAUGCAAAAAAUUUUGCAAUUGUUGGUUUAGUUUUUAGUACAGUUGAAUGUAACAUUGAAUCUUAUCGAGCAAAAUCUGAUAUUCGAAAUGGAACUUAUGCUGGUUUUGUUACUGGUGGUUUACUUGGACUUCGUGCUGGACUUCAAGCGAGUUUUAUUGGUGCGAUCGGUUUUGCUGCUUUUUCAACAGCUAUUGAAUAUUUUCUUUUGCACUAUCAUUAA